AUGGGAGCGUCUCAAAGGACUGGAUGUACGUUCACUCCUUCACUUACAUGCUAUGAAGCUGGCCGAUUGGGGCAGGGGGUUCUUAUAUGCCGGAAAGUCUUCCCUUAUGACACCGUUGAGGUUCCAGCAGCCAUGCCACAAAGAGGCCAGUUCAGAAAGUAUGCCAUGUUGAACGUUGCUCCUAUCCCGCUGCCUACUCUUGGAGACAGUCGCUCUGAGAUUUCAGUACCUUACUCACCUUAUCGGGUUAAGCGGCAGUUUGGGCUUGAUCAAGGGGUACCAAGCAGUCCUAACCAUGCUGACCCCUUCGUGCUACACAGCGUCUUCUGGAGCAAUGACCCUAUACCAAACAGUUGUAGGCCCAUUGUUUUAGCUAGCAAGAGGGGAAUUGGCAGCUUCUCCCGAGGUUACCAAGCUUACUGGAACCGCUGCCACGCCUCCUUUCGUGAAUUCCAAUCUCUUCUCGGAGAUAGAUUGCCUUCUACAACAGCUCGUCUUGUAGGCUUGGUGUCGGAAGAGAAAGCCAUCCUUCUUAGCCAAAAACGCAACUUGCCCUUCAUUUCCAAGAGCAGUGACAUUGUUGGAGAAUUUCCUAAGACAAAGCCAAAGCCAGGAGUACAGAAUCCUGGUGGGUUCCGGAAAAAGUGCAACACCAGUGUCAACCCAAGUGGCCCUCCUCGAACCAAAGAAGCAACUCCCCCGGAACGUCCACAGUCUUCAAAACCUGCUGCAUCCGAGAGCCGAGGUCAUGCUGGCAAGGUGCUGGAAACCUACCCCCUCUCCGCAAUAAGGAAAAUGGGUACCACCCCGAAGAGGAGAAGAAGUAGCACACCCUCCGUGUCCCCACAGGCUACUUCAAAAAGUCGCAGCAUGCGUGUCUUGCAAGCAAAAUUCAUUGGGACUCGUACAAGUGGUAGCAACGCCUCUGGAACUAGAACUGUGGUGACAAUUGAUGAUGACAGUGAUGACUGUGACACUACUGAGUCCGAGGCUAACACUCCGGAGCAAGAGGAUAUGGAUAACAUUGGCAACAUGCAUAAGGGUUCCGAUGGAAAUGACAAUUAUGACCACGAUGGAGAUGUUCCUUUCGAUAAUUACACAGAACAGCAAGGCGGCUUGGAUACCUUUUCUGGGUCUGUGGGUAGCAGUAUGCGCCCUGUUGGUGUCGAGCCGAUUGGGCACGUUGCCCAUAACAUGGAAAUCGUGCCCGUGGUGGCUCCCUCAUUUGACACCCUUCAUAGAUUGGUUGAGGCAGCCCUUGUGGAGUCGUUUCCGACCAUGCUGCAAACUAAUUCCCAGGACACAACAUCCAUGUUCCGAAUCACAAACCCUUUGCCUCCCAUCUUCCAGCACUUUCUUCGGAGGGACCUUGCGCCUGCCAUUUCUCCGGUUCUUCCGGCAACUCUCCGAAGCAACACCUUUGCCUUUCAUGGGACACUACCUGUUCCAUCUCACGUUCAACCGCUUCUCCGGGUGCCAGAGCCUGGUCCCUUAUCACUUCUUCCAUCGUCCUUACUUGGUGAUGCAAAUGCUGCCAAGAAUGCUUAG